UUCAGGGAGAGAGAUUCUAUAAUUGUCUUGUUGUACUUCCAUUAGUCCAUAGUAAUUAUAUAUUUGAUAUUGUGUGCUCUGCACUAAAAAAAAACAAACUAGAGAUGGCUCAGAUCAGUUCCUACAAUUACACAAAUUUUAUGAUGCAAAAUGAAUGUGAACUUACAUGUAUUUAUUACGUAGCAUUACUGUAUUCUAUAGAACAAAGCAUGCUACUAUUCACUCUGCCCCAAACAUUGUAAUUACUAGAUACGUUAUUUAUGUCUUUACGGUAAAGAGAUAAAAUUUCUCAGCUAAAUUCCAGAUGUGAAAUCUAAUUCUGUCCUGUUUUAUACUGGCAUAUAAUGCAGAGCUCUGAUAAUAAUUAAAUGUAGGUGUAUCCAGUUUCUUUUUGGUAUAAUGUGACCUUUUUCUUUCUUCUCAACUGCACUGCUGUUUCCAAGGUCUCCUACUAUGUGUUGAAUCAGAACUCCAAUUAUCCAGAGCCAGCAAAAUCCACAUCAUCCUUCUUGUAGAUGAAUGGAAAGAUAAUGUAGAACAGUGGCGCCCAAUUUGUGGUUUGCGGACCACUAGUGCUCUGUUGCAGGUGCAUUAAUUCCAAGAAAUCCCUGAUUUAGGAAGCUACAGUGAUACAAGGUCAAGGAUUGACCCAGGCUUGAUGGCAUUUCUUCCCACAUCAGCAGUGACAAUGAAGAAGAACAUGGAUUUCUAGGGAAAAUAACAGUUGGGCCAUUCGUGGGGCAUGUUAAGGAUUCCUGAACCUCAAACAUGAAUGCUUCUUAUGCCUGAUCAUAAGGCAUGAAAACAAUUAGGAAGAAAAGAUUUUGGGCAUCCUGCUUCUGCUUUAUGGCUGCCUUUUUUCUCCUGAUCACUUUCCAGGUGAUUGUAGAACUGGGCAAGUCUGAACAGUUGACAACAAAAAACUCAGUUUCACAAAAUGAUGCUUCCAAAGAAGAUGAGUUCCAGAAAUAUCCUUCUCUGUUUUUCAAAAAGCCAAAACCUGACCACAAUACAGAAAAAAAAUUCAAUGAAGACAGGUAUCCCAUCUUGUUGUGGUGGUCCCCGCUCACAGGAGAGUCUGGACGGCGUGCUCAGUGUGGCCUGGAUGCUUGUUUCUUUACCAUCAACAGGACUUAUCAACACAAUCCUAUGACUAAAGCCUUUCUUUUCUAUGGUACUGAUUUCAGCAUAGACAACUUACCUCUGCCCCGUGCAGACUAUCAUGACUGGGCCCUUUUCCACGAGGAGUCCCCCAAAAACAACUACAAGCUGUUCCAAGCUCCGGCCAUCACUUUAUUCAACCACACAGCCACUUUCAGCCGCCACUCACACCUACCACUUACCACCCAGUACCUUGAAAGUAUCGAGGCCUUAAAGUCCCUGAAAUACACAGUUUCUUUGCCAAAAAAGAACAGCUUGCGGAAGAGACUUGCGCCACUUGCCUACAUACAGUCUGACUGUGACCCUCCCUCUGACAGAGACAGCUACGUAAAGGAGCUGAUGGCUCACAUUGAAAUUGAUUCCUAUGGGGCUUGUUUGCAUAAUAGAGAUCUUCCAGAGCAUCUCCAAAACCCAGCUUCCAUGGACAGUGAUAGUUUCCACAAGAUACUUGCCCAGUAUAAAUUUGUCCUGGCUUUUGAGAAUGCAGUCUGUGAAGAUUACAUCACUGAAAAACUCUGGAGGCCACUAAAGCUGGGAGUAGUACCUAUUUAUUAUGGCUCUCCCACUAUUCAGGACUGGCUUCCAAGCAACAAGAGUGCCAUUCUCAUCACAGAAUUUUCACACCCGAAGGACCUGGCUCAGUAUAUCAAAGCUUUGGAUGCAGAUGACAAGGAAUAUGUGGCCUACCUUGAAUGGAAACUGAAAGGUGACAUUUCCAACAAACAACUGCUUGCUGUUAUUAAAGAACGCACAUGGGGAGUGCAAGAUAUCAUGAAGGACAAUUACAUAGAUGCCUUUGAGUGCAUGGUGUGCACCAGGGUAUGGGAAAAUAUCAGGAGACAAGCAAAGGGAAUGCUACCAAGAAGGUGGAAGGCAGAAGCAAACCAUCUGAGCUGCCCCAGACCUCAAGCAUUUGCUUUUUCUCCUCUCAGUGUGCAGAGAACAGUUCUGCAGGAGGUGUGGAGAUCAAGCUUCGACCAAUCUAAGAGAGAAGCUCACGCACUGCAGCAGCUGGUAGAAAGGAACAGAAAUUUCACAGCCCUGGAGUUUUGGACUCUGGUUUUUAGAGAGUAGCUUAAAAAACACGAAAUACUUACCUCAAGAUAGGAAAAACGGUAACCAGAAAAAGCCAGUAGCAAAAAAAAGGUGUUUAAAAUAAAGUAGGAAGCACUUUUAACAACUGAAUGUAUUGAAAUGUGAAAUUAAUGACUAUUUAUCAUGAUCUAUUUGGCCAUCUUGUAAUACAUAUUUUUACCAAUGAUACUAAGACAGUAUCUUUAAUGUGUCGAUUAAUACAUGAAUAUAAUGA